CCAGCUGGGAUAUAAGCAAGUCAGUCAGACAACCAGGAGCAGCUGAGACAGCUGGGUGGGUGGCGUGGGACGCUGAGCUGUGACCUGUCCUUUGCCUUGACGCCGGACCCCAUGGCGACGCCUUCGCAGAAGAGGAGCACCCGUAGCGGGGCUUCGGGGACCCCCUUGUCCCCCACCCGCAUCACUCGCUUGCAGGAGAAGGAGGACCUGCAGGAGCUCAAUGACCGCUUGGCUGUCUACAUCGACAAGGUGCGCUCGCUGGAGCUGGAGAACGCCGGCUUGCGGCUCCGCAUCACCGAAUCGGAGGAGGUGGUGAGCCGGGAGGUCUCGGGCAUCAAGGCUGCCUACGAGUCAGAGCUGGCGGAUGCCCGCAAGACCUUGGAUUCGGUGGCCAAGGAGAGAGCUCGGCUGCAGCUGGAGCUCAGCAAAGUCCGGGAGGAACACAAGGAGCUGAAAGCCCGGAAUGCCAAGAAGGAAGGGGACCUGCUGACCGCCCAGGCACGCCUCAAGGACGUGGAGGCUUUGCUUAACUCCAAGGAGGCUGCGCUCUCCACAGCCCUGAGCGAGAAGAGGAAUCUGGAGUCUGAAGUGCGCGACCUGAGGGCGCAGGUGGCCAAGCUGGAAAGCGCCUUGAGCGAAGCCAAGAAGCAGCUGCAGGAUGAGAUGCUGCGCCGUGUGGAUGCUGAGAACCGACUGCAGACACUGAAGGAAGAGCUCGAGUUCCAGAAAAACAUUUACAGCGAGGAGCUGCGGGAGACCAAGCGCCGCCACGAGACCCGGCUGGUGGAGAUCGACAACGGGCGGCAGCGGGAGUUUGAGAGCAAGCUCUCCGAAGCCUUGCAGGACCUGCGGAGCCAGCAUGAAGCCCAGAUCAGGCUUUACAAGGAGGAACUGGAGAAGACCUAUGGGGCGAAGCUGGAGAACGCCAAGCAGUCGGCUGAGAGGAACAGCAACAUGGUGGGUGCUGCCCACGAGGAGCUACAACAAACCCACACCCGCAUUGACAGCCUCUCCUCCGAAGUCAGCCAGCUGCAGAAGCAGCUGGCUGCCAAGGAGGCGAAGCUGCACGAUUUGGAGGAUAUUCUGGCCAGGGAACGCGAGACCAACCGGCGCCUGCUCUCCGACAAGGAGCGGGAGAUGGCUGAGAUGCGGUCACGCAUGCAGCAGCAGCUGGAUGAGUACCAGGAGCUGCUGGACAUCAAGCUGGCUCUGGACAUGGAGAUCAACGCCUACCGCAAGCUGCUGGAGGGCGAGGAGGAGCGGCUGAGGCUGUCCCCCAGCCCUUCCUCCCACAAAGGUGCAUCCCGUAGCCACUUGUCCACCCCGGGCUCCUCCAAGAAGAGGAAGCUGGAGGACGGCGAGAGUCGGACCAGCUUCUCCCACCACGCCCGGACAAGCGGCCGCGUCGGUGUGGAGGAGGUGGACUUGGAGGGCAAAUUUGUCCGUCUGAGGAACAAGUCGAAUGAGGACCAGGCGAUGGGGAACUGGCAGAUCAAGCGGCAGAAUGGAGACGAUCCCCCCAUCACCUACCGCUUCCCCCCAAAGUUCACCCUGAAGGCUGGCCAGGUGGUCACGAUCUGGGCCUCAGGGGCUGGGGUGGCCCAUAGCCCCCCCACCAACAUGGUGUGGAGAGCCCAGAACAGCUGGGGCUCCGGGGACAGCCUGCGCACUGCCCUCAUCAACUCCAGCGGAGAGGAGGUGGCCAUGCGGAAACUGGUCCGCACCGUGAUCAUCAACGAUGAAGAUGAGGAUGAGGAUGAUGAUGAAGUCAACAUGCACCACCGCCAUCACCACGGUAGCUGCAGUGGCUCUGGGGACCCCGGCGAAUACAACCUCCGCUCGCGCACGGUGGUCUGCGGCACGUGCGGUCAGCCGGCCGAGAAGUCAGGCAGCCAGAACGCCGGUAUCAACACCGUGUCCUCGGGCUCGUCCACUUCCAGCGUGACCGUCACCCGCAGCUACCGCAGCAUCGGCGACUCUGGCAGCAUCGGCCUUGGGGACAACCUGGUGACCAGGAGCUACCUCCUGGGGAACUCCAGCCCCCGUAGGCAGGCUCAGGCUGUGCAAAACUGCAGCAUCAUGUAACUUCAUGGCACCAUUCCUGUGUUUCCUGGCCAUCUUGAGCUAGUUUUUUCCCAAAGCAAAAGAAAUUUUUUUUUUUUCCUUUAAAAAAAUGAUAUCAAAAACCAAGGUUGGAUUUUUUUUUGUUUUCUAUAGCAGGAAUUUUAUAUAUAUAUAUAUAUAUUAAAAAAUGCUAAAAGAUGCUUUGAUUUUUUUUGUAAAGAAAAAAUCUAUUUCUAUAAAAAAAUACCAAACAAAAAAAAGCUUUUCAGCUUCAAAAUUUUUUUAAAACUUCAGCCAAAGACACCGAGGAAUUGUGUUUACCGAACAGCCAUGCAGGAAGAGAUUGUAGCUUAACAGCUCUUUAGAUUAUAUCUUUUUUGCCAAAGCUUUUUAUAUAGAUUUGGAAGAAGCAAAGCCAUCCCCAUCAGAGCUGCGCGCUCCUGCACGCGGCGGGCGUUGCGCUGCGGCGGGAGCAGAUCCGCAGAGGUGCUGGGGCAGAGGCUGAGCUGAGCGCCCUGACGCUGUGGCAGAUCAUCCCGCCUGCGCUGGUGGGCACGUGCCGUGCAGGAUUGCUGUCUCAAGCAGAGCACAGUGCCUUUGCAACCCUUUUUUUUUUUUUUUUUUUUUGGAUCCGAACCCAAAAUUCACUAUUUUUUCUUUUUUUUCUUUCUUUUUUUCCCCCCCCCCCUUUAAUUUUUUUAUUUCACUGCAGUGCUGGCGCGGGGGGCUCCCGGCAGCUUGCGGGCGAUGCCCCACGUCUCUCUGCGGCCAUGCGGGCAUUACCCCCCCCUUCCCAGCCCCUUGCCCGCAUGCACUCCCACAGCCCCAUGUACUGUAUUUCCCACCCGAGACACCUCUUGCCCUUCGGGUUUUGGUUUUUUGGGGUUUUUUUUUUAUUUUUAAGCAGCCAAGUUGUGCCUUAGCCAAGGCGGGGGCCGCUCUGCAGCAGGGCUGGGAGCCCCGCGGAACCCCGCACGCCAUCGAGGGUGGAUGGAGUAGGGGAAGUGAAAACCCACCGGAGCUGCGUCCUGGGACCAGAUGGAUUUGGUGGAUGGAAUGAUGGAGCUCGCUCCUGCGGGCUUGGACCCAGUGGGACCCCCUUGGACCCCCUCUUUGGGGGCUGCUGCAUCCAGUGGGGUUCACCCCUGGUUUUUCUCAGCUGUGGUCAGUUGAGCUCUUCUCCGGUGGCAGGAUCUCAGGAGCCCGUUUCAGGGCAGGAUAAGGCCAAGGAUGCUUAGUGCAGGACAGGGCUGGUUUGCCAGGAGGGCACUGAGGAAGGCGUUUUGUUUGAGGGGGGGGGAUUUUGGGGUCUGGCACAGGCAGCUCCCCUCUCUGCGAGGGUCCAUCCAGCCAUUGACAGAGAUUUCAGCUUUUUGCCUCGAUUGGGGAACACCCGCAGCACCCCCUGCCUCGAGUGCAGCCCCGGGGGCAGGAUCAGGUCCCCAGCGCAAGCCCCCCGCUCCGGUGGGAUCUGGUGAGACCACGUAUGUAUCUCUGCUUGCAAAGCUUCUGUAUUACUGCCUGUAUUUCCUUCCAGAAUCAAUACAGCUGAACCU